UGUCUCGUUUAGCUAAUGGCAAACUAAUCAUGUGCUUAGAAGGUGGAUACAAUUUGAUAUCCAAUGGAUUGUGUGCUUCUGAAUGUGUUUCUGUACUUUUGGGCAAAUGUCCGGAAUCUCUGCCAUUGAAACAAUAUAACGGAUCUGCGAUCGAAACACUCAAAUGCGUGAUUGGCUUUCAAUCAACGAAUUGGCCAAACCUUAAGUUUGACUUUGAUUUACCCGAAAGUCUUAUUUGAGUCCAAUUUUCUAAGUUUUAGAAUAUAAGAGAUUUUUAAACACAAUAUUUUACAAACUUUUUUAUAAGCUCUUUAUUUUUAUAAACAUUUAGCAAAACUUUAAAAACAAAUA